GUUUUCCCUGUUAACCGGAUGGAUGGACCCUCCAGCAGGGGUAACUCCGGACGAAGGCCAAUACUUCAACGUUUACUUUACCGGUGGAUCUACCAUGAUGCCACGAGUACGGCAUUGGUGAAAUCGCGAUUAGUCGAACGCGCCUUGUCUCAUCGAUACUUGUUUUUCACUAUCGUUGCUUCUUUCGACGCUUUCGCAGAUGUUCUACGAGGGAAUCGUCGAGUACGACGAUGGCACACCGGCCACGGAGUCGCAAUUGGCGAAGGACGUGGUAGAGUUUCUAAUGUGGACGGCGUCUUCGGAGCACGACACGCGAAAGAUCAUGACGCUGAAAUGCAUGGGAAUCCUUCUGACGCUACUGGUGUCCGUCGUCCAUAUCAACAGACGAAAUUGGUCGCAUUUGAGGAGCCGUCGCAUAGCUUACGUACCAAAUAUCAUCACCAGAGAACCUCGACAUCCUACGUCUCCGUUCGCGGACAAAUACGGCCGAGGAAGUAAGAGAAGCGGCUCGUUACCAAACUGAUACACGGUCGUCGUGUUUUUUACCGUUGUAAAAAGUUCGAUUCGAUUCGACGCAACGAUAAAGUUGCACGCGCGUCGAGACAGGGCCGGCAAUUACGGAGAAACGAGGAAGAAGAGAUUCGGUUGGAACG